AAAACUAAGGAGCGAUUUUAUUUAAAAAUCCACAGAAUCCUAAAACAGAUAACAGAGAGAGAGAAAAAUACAAAAGUCUUAACUUGUAAACCGUAGCGAAUUAUUGUUAUCCCUCUUAUUUUCCUUACGCGUGUUUUUUAUUCACAUUACAAAGUACAAAGUAUGACAUUAUAGCCUCAAUUCAUUGCAAUUAUCCAAAAUAUUUGUAGAAAAUAUGUCUAAAGUAAAAAGUGACGGGUAAACAUGCUAUUGAUGCUAUCUUAAAAACACGCGUGGGGGUUUCACGUCAGACCCUUAAAAAGGUGAUUCCCAGACUUCAGUGUCUUACUCUGCUGUUCUGCAUAGCUCUACCGUACAGGCAACGCUGAAGUAGGCUAUUGAAUAUGUUUCUGCUCAGUCUGCUUGUAAUCACUUUGACUUUUAAUGAACUCAUUGUCAGUUUGAAUGCCGCUUGCCCAAAAGGUCAGAGAGUGGGACUGAACGGUAAGGCUGCACGUUGCGAACCCUGCAGCAAUGGAACUUACCAGCCUGAAUUGAAUGAGUCCCAGCGGUGCAGAGUGUGUACAACGUGUGAUCCAAGUUCAGGGAGCGUUACUAAACAGAAGUGCACGAAAGAGACAAACACAAAGUGUGAGUGCCGUGGAGAAUUUGUGCCCUGGGACGACGACUCUUCCACUUGUAAAUGUGACGUUGGAUUUGGACUGGAUCACGGAGAAUGUUCAAAAUGUAAAGAUGGAUAUUUCAGCACAACUAUCAACUCAAGCUGUAAAAAAUGGAAAGAAUGUAAAUCAACAGGAGUGAAAAUUAAUGGAACCAGGAUCUCAGAUGUCAUCUGCAAUGAGGUGUCAGAGAGUAAUAUUGAUACCACUACAAUCCCCACAAACAAAAUUGUCUCUCUAAGUACACUCUUGACAUCCCAUCGUCCACAUGAGGGGGCUCAAACUCAGAAGAAAAGCACUACAAUCACCACCACCACCACCACCACCACCACCACCACAUCAUCUGUUCAAAGACACACCAUCAGCCCAGAGAUCAAAGGGGAACCCACCUUGUCAAACACUGGGAACCACAUCGUUUUGGUCCUCCUCAUAUUUGGAAUCGCUGGACUGCUUGUACUGACUGCCGUGACCUGCAAGCUGCAGAUUAUUCCUCGCGUGGAGAAACACCCAGGAAUAAAAAAAAAUGAGUCACUGUGUCGCAAGCCAGUUGAGGAAAGCGGCGAUGGCAGUCUGUCCUCUCUCAAACUGAAUCCAGGGGAGCCCUGAGAUGAAACUUUAAAAUGUGUCAACUUAUGCUGUGAAUUUUAAAACCAGGUAAUCAUCAUAUGAUUAAUUUCAGACUACUCAUGUAUGUUUUCUUUGUAUUGUUUUUUUUAAAGUCAGAAAAUACAUAAAAACUAUUUUCUCUAUCUGUAUUAUCACAGGGGUAAUCACUAUCUGUGUGGUCAAUAUUUGAUAUUUGUUUGUUCUGUAUAGAAUAAUGGAUGAAUUAUGUGAAAGCUUUGUGAGUUAUACCUCAGCUUUUGUCAUUUAACUGUAAAUCAGUUUAAAGUUAAGUAGUUUGUUACUCUAGCUGUUAUGCCUAUUAAUCAGCAAUUUCUCUUGAGUAACCUUGAUAUUUAUUACAGAAUUUGGAUAUAACAACCUCAGAGAUCAUGCCACUAAAUGCAAUCUCUUGUUACAAUGCACAUAUAUACUUUUUAUAUUUUCUGCUGCUUUUUGAGGCAUAUGGUGUUAUAAAAUGUGAUAUGAUUUAAUGGGACAAGUUUCAGAGAAGUAUAGAAACAACACUGUUGAUCCAAAUUAUUAUGAACUGCUGUAGCCUUAGAAAAAAAAACAUUUUUUGUUUCUUCCUGCAGUCUGUCUGUCUCUAUUUUUCUCAUAUUGUUUAUUCCGCUCUGUUCCACCAGUUGCUGUUUUGUUAAGAUGAGAACGGUAAAAAACAUGCUUUCAGUGGGUUGGGGGAGAUCCCCUUGUGGAGUUAAAUGUGCCUCUUUUUCCCUCUGAGAGAUAAUUUCUCUCAUGUUUUCAUUACAGUCGUUGGAAAGAUUGAUGUUGUAAAUAUGAGGACUUUCAUGUUGUUUAUACCUCACCGGAGACUUUCCCCAACAGUACAGUGAGGAGUCAUGAGAGCCUUCCCUCGUUGUUUUUAUUCAUUUAAAUCAGAUACACAAGUCUACUGAUCACAGGUGGCUUAAUGUGUAUUCGACAGGCUCCAUGUGACUGGUGCAGUCUGCUUGGAAAAAGCUGCACUUUCACUCCAACUUCUUGAUAUUCCACUGACAGUGCCCUCUGUUGAAUACUUAAGGGAUAAAAAUUGACAUUUCUUAUUUAGAAACAGUGGUAGGGAAGGUAUUUAGACCCUUAAAGUACUAAUACAACAGAGCAAAAUUACUGCUAGAAGCAAAAGUCCUGCUUUGAAAACCCUACUUACAUAAAAGCAGUGAAAUGUACUUAAGAUUUCUAAAGUAAAGGUGCUCAUUCUGUAGAAAAACGGACACUAUCAUCUAUCAGUGUAGUGGAAGAAGUUUUAACUCAGUUCAGUGGUUGGGUCAAUCUACAGGGUUACCAGAUAAAUCUGAAGGGUCUGAGAUGGUUAUGGGGUAGGAAAUAAAUAAGAAACAAAUACAAUUUCUUUUUUCAAUUUUCAUUCUAUUUUCUUUUUCUCUACAUUUUUUGUGAAAUAUUAACUGUGCAGUGCAGGAUGAGUAAAUGUACUUAAUCCCUCUUCAGAACUAAUUCAACAAACUACUUGUUGAAUAUAUUAUCUCUCAUACUUGUUGUCACUGUGAUGCCCUGAGAGUGUGUGAAUAAAGAAUUUAUAAAUGAA